CCCCUGGCCGACUGUAGGAGGCGCGGGCUCCACCAGACACCAGGGUCGCCGACUGGGCCAGUGUGUGGGCCGUACUUCUUCGCCAUGGGCCCCCUCUCAGCACAGCUGCUGAUGGAGCGCGGGCGCCCCAAGAGCAACCGGCUGGGGAAGAUCCGGAGCCUGGACCUUUCCGGGCUGAAGCUGCUCUCAGAACACCUGGACCCCAAGCUCCUAUGCCGCCUGACGCAGCUGCAGGAGCUGGAUCUCUCCAACAACCAGCUGGAGACGCUGCCUGACAACCUGGGCCUUUCCCGCCUGCGAAUCCUCCGCUGUGCUAACAACCAGCUGGGGGAUGUUACUGCCUUGUGCCAGUUCCCGCAGCUUGAAGAGCUCAGCCUGGAGGGUAACCCCUUCCUGACAGUCAGUGACAACCUGAAGGUUUCCUUUCUCCUGCCCAAACUCCGUAAGGUCAAUGGCAAAGAUGCAUCCUCGACCUGCUCUCAGGUGGAGAACCUGAACCGAGAACUCACCAACAGGGUCACAGCUCACUGGGAGAAGUUCAUGGCUGCACUGGGUCCAGAAGAAAAUGCUGAGAAGGCCCAGGCAGACUUUGUGAGGUCUGCUGUCAGGGAUGUCCGUUAUGGGCCUGAAUCCCUCAGCGAGUUCACCCAGUGGCGGGUACGGAUUAUCUCUGAGGAGCUGGUGGCCUCCGGUGGGACGCUGGUACAUGAAGCAGACAACGCAGAGAGGCCUCCAGAAGCCACAGCUGCCUCCAAGUCCAGGGCCAGACUGGUGGCCUUGAAACGGCUGAAUGAUGUCCCACUAAACCUGUCUUCUAAUAAGCGGUGGUGUGCCUCCCCACCAGCCCAGGUGGAGGGCAGUCCUAUGGGCUCUGAUGGUGGCCAGCCUGCCCUGAAACUGGAGCCGCUGCACUUUCUGCAGUGCCACAGCAAGAACAACAGCCCUGAGGACCUCAAGACGCAGCUGUGGGCCUGUGCCUUCGAGCCGGCCUGGGAGGAUGCUGACCCCCUGCAAACUGGGCAUUCAGGGGCCACAUCCCAGACCGUGGCCACAUGUGGUGGGGAGGCUGUGUGCGUGAUAGACUGCCAGACGGGCAUCGUGCUCCACAAGUACAAGGCACCUGGUGAGGAGUUUUUCUCAGUGGCCUGGACAGCUCUGAUGGUGGUCACGCAGACAGGCCACAAGAAGCGCUGGAGUGUGCUGGCGGCCGCAGGACUGCGGGGCCUAGUCCGUCUGCUGCACGUGCGGGCUGGCUUUUGUUGUGGAGUCAUCCGGGCCCAUAAGAAGGCCAUUGCCACACUCUGCUUCAGCCCUACCCACGAGACUCACCUCUUUACGGCCUCCUAUGACAAGCGGAUCAUCCUCUGGGACAUCGGGGUGCCCAACCAUGACUACGAAUUCCAGGCCAGCCAGCUGCUCACACUAGACACCACCUCCACUCCACUGCGCCUCUGCCCUGUUGCCUCCUGCCCAGAUGCCUACCUUCUGGCAGGCUGUGAGGGGGGGUGCUGCUGCUGGGAUGUGCGGCUAGACCAGCCCCAAAAGAGGAGGGUGUGUGAAGUGGAGUUCGUCUUCUCUGAGGGCUCUGAGGCAUGUGCACGGAGAGUAGAUGGGCUGGCAUUCGUGAGUGAUGAUGUAGUGGCCUCCAAGGGGAGCAGUCUGGGCACCAUCUACCUGUGGAGCUGGAGCCAGACGUGGGUGGGCCGGGGCAGCCAGACCACAGUAGCAGUGGUCAUCCUGGCCCGGCUGCAGUGGUCACCCACUGAGCUGGCCUACUUCUCGCUCAGCGUUUGCCCUGAUGAAGGCAUCAUGCUGUGUGGGGAUGAGGAGGGCAGUGUAUGGAUCUAUGAUGUCAAGAAUGUCUUGAAGCAGCCUCCUCUGCUGCCAGCAGCACCUAUGCAGAUCCUUAAGUGGCCACAGCCCUGGGCCCACAACCAGACGGUGUCCAAGACCAUGGUGAACACGGUGGUGGCCAACCCCACUUUUACCUACCUCACUGCUCUGACGGACUCCAACAUUGUCGCCAUCUGGAAGAGACAGUAGCCUCAAGCAGGAGCUCCUGCCUUUAUCACAAAGUACUAGGGACACAAUUUAACUUAUUCAGCUUUUAGGCUGGUGAUGGUCUUUUUAUCAGUGAAUAUUUUUCAUUAAACUCUCUACUAUGGGGCGGUGCCUGUGGCUCAGUGAGUAGGGCGCCAGCCCCAUGUACCUAGGGUGGCGGGUUUGAACCCGACCCUGGCCAAACUGCAACAAAAAAAUAGCUAGGCGUUGUGGCAGGUGCCUGUAGUCCCAGCUACUGAGACGAGAGAACUGCCUAAGCCCAAGAGCUGGAGGUUGCUGUGAGCUGUGACGCCAGGGCAACGUUGAGACUCUUGUCUCUUAAAAAAAAAACUUUCUACUAUGGACAAGAAGCCUGUUGAGCGCUGUAAGGGUUCCACCCUAUUUUCCUACUUAAAGACAGGAAGACCUGGCAGCUGAGACUUCUAGGACACAUUCAUGGUGAGUUAAGGGUUCUCAGCAGUCCUCUUCUAUUCAAGGUUGCCUCCCACUAAUCCCCUAAGCUCCCAAGUUCUGAUGCAGAAUGAGUUUGUCCCUGCCAACCUCUCAGAUAGAAACCAAGGUCUCUGGGUCAAUCCACUCUUUGAAAUUGGUCCCAAAGAAUCUGAAAUAUCUGCCUCCAUGGAACCUGACAAUCCAUUCUUUUUUUUUUUUUUGAGACAGUCUCACUAUGUUGCCCUCGGUAGAGUGUUGUCAUGUCACAGCUUAUAGCAACCUCAAACUCUUGGGUUUUAAGUGAACCUUUUGCCUUAGUCUCCCAAGUAGCUGGGACUACAGGCAGCCACCACAACACCCGGCUAUUUUUUGUUGUGGUUGUCAUUG